AGUAUGGUUGGCAUGAAUUCCGGGAUAUAAUUUGUGAUUAGUGAUUAAUAUUGAUGAAUAUUACAUUAUGUAUACAGUGUUUAAGAAAUUAAAUUAGUGUUAUUGGUAGUUGCGAACUAAAAGUUAUAAUCAUAUAUUUACUAUUUCUCUAACAUGGUGUAAUUGUUUUCAAAAGUGCUUGGAAUAAUCAAAAUGGGAGAUUGCUGUUGUAAAAGUCAGGUGCCAGAUGUAUUUGUCUAUACAUCACCUCCGGUACAGUUAGCAGAGCCACUGUCUGACGAACAGUACCAUGGCCCUCAAAAAGUUGAUUCAGCACUGGUGGAUCAAUUGGUGCUUGAAACAUUAAGCAUAGCGGCAUCAAGAUUGGACACGGAGGAAGAAUCUCCUGUGUCUCUCAUGAAAUUGCAUAUGAUAGCCGAUAAAGAAGAAGGAUGGAUUCAGAUGAUGUCAUCCAUGGUAAAUGUAAUACCGGUAGAAGAUCCCUUUGGACCUACUGCCAUCUCUAUUGUGCUGGAUGCCUGCCCAUUACCAUCAAAAGAGACUGUAAUGAAGUUGUCACAGAUAUUCCAGCUAUCAGCUCAGAGAAUAAGGGAACGAAAAUAUCAUGUGAGCUGUGAAAGGAAUAUUUGUGUGAUUCUCGGAUGUCUUGCUGAGAAGUUAGUGGGUCCUAACAGCAUUGCUAUGCUGUCAGAAAGUACACUCGAAUAUUUAUUUGGUCUAUUGGUGGAGGCCCGUGAAGCAGGCUUAUGCCUCUACUCGUUGAUUGCUCUUGAAAAGUUCGCUCAUACAAUGGAGAAUAAAAUCGUUAUAAAGAAAAAAUUUGAGAGUGAAAAAAUACAUCCUCUGUUGAAAUUGGAGGAAUAUGGCAAUUUUACGGAGAAUUACUUAUGGCGCCAGGUUGGAUUCUGCGCUAACUGGGCUCUUGACAAUCUAUUUCCGAUCGAGGGUCGUAAGAUGUCUUAUGAGAUUCAAGAUAUGUCUCAUAUAAACGCAAUGUUAAACAGUCACGAUGUGAGCGAGUACUUAAAACUGUCACCCAAGGGUUUGGAGGCAAGGUGUGACUCGUUUUCAUUUGAGAGUGUUCGUUGCACCUUCCAAGUUGAUGAUGGCUGUUGGUACUACGAAGUUAUGAUUGUGACGCCGGGAGUCAUGCAAAUUGGAUGGGCUACUAAGAACAGCCACUUUUUGAGUGACGAGGGUUUCGGCAUCGGUGAUGACCUCUACUCUCUGUCAUACGACGGCUGUCGCAGAUUGGUAUGGUACAACGCGAAACCGACAUUCGUAACGCCACUGCUGAAGUCAUGGCAACCCGGUGAUAUACUCGGCUGUCUGAUAGACCUCACAUCCAAGGAGGUUAUCUUCUCCCUGAAUGGCAACAGGCUCCCUGCUUACAAUGAUAUCUUCGAAACCAAUAGAUACGGUUUCUACGCAGCGGCAAGUUUCAUGGCUUACCAACAGUGUCACUUCAACUUUGGUCUGGAGCCAUUCCGUUACCCACCAGACGACAGGCUGUUUGCCGCAUUCAAUGAUUUUGGCGAACUCGCCGAAGACCAGAAAAAGGUUAUACCGAAGCGAGUGUAUCUGGAAAAAAUGCGCAAUUCAAGCAUUCACGAGGAUUCUUGCACACUGUGCUAUGAUGAUACUGCUAGUUGUGUUCUGGAGCCAUGUGGACACAGAGGCUUCUGUUCAUUGUGCACUUCCCUGCUGCGUGAUUGUCCAAUGUGCCGUGGCGAGAUUAUAAAUGUGCGCCGUGAACAGAUCUGACAUGAGGCUUCCAUGUCCUCUUGUAGCAGCUGCGAUGAGGAUAUCCAACCAGGCAGCAGUCAGGAUCAAACGAUCCAAAAAGCCCAGACAUUCCCACCCGCCAAAACAUCACUGUCAUCCAUCCCUGACUACGUCGCAUCCAUUUCUAAUUCAUCGAUCGAAUCAACCGAGGAAGAAAACGUCCUCAAUGGUAACUAUUAAUCUGUAUGUGCAUAUUAUUGUUGUAGGAUUGUUUCCUUAACUGUAAGCAUUUAAACAAUGUUGAACAAUUAUAUCCUAGUUAGUUCAUUGUUCAAUGUUUCUUUAUAGUGUAAGAGAAAAAUAUAUCGUAGAAGUUGAUUAAUUAAUAGUAUCUUCUUCAUUUCAAUUUCAUUUCUGAAUAAAAGAUAAUUAGCAUUAGAUAUUAGUAGUCUCUGCAUGUUUAAACGUAUGAUGUUAACUGUCUUUAGUAGUCUAUAUUCAUAUUUACGUAUCUCGUCAAAAUUAUUGUACAACAAUCUAAACGCGGCCUAUCUUUAGGCGUCCUUCUAAUUGGCCACAAAUGUACGACACGAUGUGUUCUCGUUCAAACAUACAGAUUUAUUCGGAAGUGUCGUAGUGAUUGCUUGUAAGCCGUCGCACGAGCGAAGGCAAUGUUUAAUACCGAUCGCACUAUGGUUUUAAUUGUUCGAUCACGUAAUGAAAUACAUCGAUCUCUUUUGAGUAUCCUAAUUGGUAUGUAUUCCAUUACAAAUGUAACCAAAUCUUUCUAUGUAGGUCACGGAGAAAUAAUCAUUAAAGUUUUCUUCGUUCGUAUACUUCGUUAGUUCAGUGCGCUAAUUUCUGGAUAUCUAUAAAUUACUUAUGUGGUCUAAUUUUCAAAGCAAUAUUGCCCAACAUGAUAGCAAAAACUCUAAAGUUAAAAUGGCGCUGUUGAGUUGAAAGUGCUGCAGGCAUCCCGUGAUCUGUUAGGACACCUUUGUUACGUCAUCGUUCGGUCAUGGCUAAUUAAGACGAAGCCAAAUCUGUCAUGUUUAUAUGAACCUGCUCUUUUAUACAUUUUGUUUGUCGAUCGACAGCGUUAACUAUUUUAAGUACUUAUAUUCUUUAUUAUAGUUUUUACUAAUCAAUAGGUUAAUCUAAAUUUAAUACAUUCAUCUAUAGAACACAAUAUAAAUCAUUUGUGUUUAUAGAUUUUUUUCGUGUUCAAUAAACAAUACAUAAAAGAGCUUUUAUAUACAAUCCUUAAGACUAAUAAUUCACGAAUAUUUUUCGAUUGUUUGUUUUAUUCCUAUAUUAGUGUUGUGUCCGCUCAGCUAUAAACUUUUAAUUUGUUAUAAAUAAUUAAAGUAAGUUAUAAAACUAAUACAAACUCUACAUAAAGGGUAUUUACAUAUUUUAUGAUUGUGAUGUUCAGCUUAAUAAUACAGGCUAUGUAUACCCAAAUAAAAUUGCGUUUGUUGGCCCUUACUUGUGCUGCUAAAAUUAAGUAUUGGUUAUAAAUAUUAUGUUAACAUAACUGAGAGCUUUUACUAUUAAUCCAAUUAUGGUCUGCGUUUGAUAUUUUUGAUACAUAUAAGAACACUCACAUUUAUAUAAGUUAUAUUUGAAAGAAAAAAUAUUUUUUUCUUAUAUCUACAUUUUUUGGAUUUGUUCAAAAUAGAUAUUGCAUAUCUCGUUAUACUUUCAGACUGCACGAAUCGCAGGUGUUUAAGUUUUUGUAAUUUCUAGAGUGACUGAUUUUUAUACUUUUUGGUUUUUGUCAAAUUUAAUUGGAAAAAUCGCGCCGGGUAGAUGUUUCCACCGUUGUACUGUUUCAUGUGUACGAGUACGUAAAAUUUAAAUGUUGCAUCAGCUCUAAAUGUAGAUUAGGUUAAUCUUAUUUUUAUUAUACUUAUUUCUUAUAGAUAUGUAAGAUAAAUUUUAAAACUUUCAGGCCUAUUAGAUAUUAAAGAAGAAAUAAACGUCAUUAUUGUGAAUGUAUGCUUUUAACAAUUUAUUGCUACUAUAACUUCUAAUAAUAAGAUCAUAUUAAGGUAAUCAUGUUAAUGAUAAUCACUUCUCGUUUCACUGUCAUCAAAUUUUGAACAAUCUAGGUUCAAAACAGGCCUACAUUAUAUAUGUUUGACUAAAUGUGAAAUAUUAAUUACUAAAAUAAUCCCAAAUACUAUUUACCAUUGUUAACAUAUAGAUUUCAUUGUACUCAUCAUAAUUUGAGUUGUUAAUGUGUAAUUUACAAAUUUUCAAUUGUAUGUUAUAUAUUGUAUGGAAAGACUGCUAGGUAUAAUAAAUUACACCUAUAGAAAUAUUGGCUCUCUAUGAGUGUGCGAGUUAGGAGAAUUGGUAAGAGUAAUGUAAACUUUCAUAUAACAGUAAUAAUUUGAUUCUUUUGUUUUAUAUAUCAGGAAAAAUAUACAAUUAGUCGCUGGGAAAGCGACUGUCGGGUUCUUAUUUUCUUCUACUACAUUUUCUCUCAUCACAUCAAUUGGAUUUAAUUGUUUUAUUUUCUUAUAUUGAUUUCUUAGUUUUUCAUUAAGUGUAUGUAAUUCGCCAGAAAGUUGCUUUAGACCAACUCCAUUUUAAAACUAGUCAUUAGGUCUACUAGUCUCUUACUCUGUCUAGUAAUAAAUUCUCUUUUAAUGUGAUUCUAGAUAAAAAAAAUAUUUUUCCUUAUAUAUGUAAUUAUUAUAAAAUACUAUAAUAGAAAAUGGCAUAUUAUUGCUGUUACUUGUUGAGCUCGCUGAUAAAAAAUGAGCUUACUAACUUUAACAAUAAAAAUUUGCUUAAGAGUUCCUUGUGAAAUCAUGACUUCAUCAUCAGUCUUUCUGGGACACGUUCCUAUUUGCUUAAAAUGACCCAAAAUCAAAAGGGCAAUUUCUUUUUUGGAUGGCAGUUUUGAUUUAUGAUAAGAAAUGCCCCUAAAUAUACCUUCAGAGAACAGUUUUUUCGUACUUUGCCGAUUGAGUUGAUAAUAUGUUAAUACAAAAUUAUUAUUACGAAAAAAUAAAUGUAUAUAUUUUAUCAGUAAAUAUGUACAUAAUACAAAAUCUAUUUAAAAUAUUUUUAAUACUGCAAUGAUUGUAAAAAAGAGAGUAUUUUGAUUACUAAAGUGAACUGCUGUAAUAUAAUUCCAGGCUGGACUUAUUUUUUUAAUCUUAGCAGCUCUAACUGGCCGUAUACAAAAGAAUAAUCUCGGAAGUUUAUCAAAGAAAAUUGAACUUUAUGAAAGUGUAUAUUUCUAAACGUAUGGUUAGUGUAGUUAUUGCUUUAAAUAACUCCAAGUUUCACUGUUGGUUCAAAUAUACAAACAAAUUUCCUAUGUACUUUUAAUAAAGCACCAUCACUUGGGAACAUGUUUCAGUUUUCAUUAAUAAUUCAUUUUUGUAUUUUAUCACAUUAUUUCGUUAAAAUAACGUGGAAUUAAUAAUACAAUUUCUUAACAUUUACAUAACCUAAGCGGAUAGUGUUUUGCAAGACGAUAGCUUUGGUUCCAUUUUCGACCCUUAUCUUAGUCUGUGUCGCAAACAUAUUUUUUUAAAACGCACACAUCUGUGCUAUUAUACCCUGUUGAUAUUUUAACGUUUUAAACAAAUCAUGUGUUCCCUAAAUAUCUGUAUUAAAAGCAUUUAUUUUUGUACAACGAUGUUCACAAUUCUAUUCUUUACUAUAAAUAUACCUCAGUGUAGCAUACGUAAUGUGUUUACUCAACGAAAUAAUGAUGAUACCCUUAAUUAUUAUACAAAUAACUAUCAUUAUUUUCUUUAUUAUUAUUUAGAUAAGAUUAUAUCUGUAACUGAUUCUGUCCAACACAGUUUGUAACAGCUACUUCUAUUAAACCAUAAGUUUUGGUCUUUAACUGAAGUUAAUAUUGAUUGUUAAUCUUAGAAAUAAAGCUAUGAUCAUCUAUUUGUAGUUAUAUCUUUGUUACAAAAUAUGAAUCAUUAUAUUGGUGUAUUUAGACGUGAGAAAAUAAAUGAAAUAAACAAAAC